AUGCAUCCGAUCCAUUUCCGGAGCGGCUCACAGGUGAAUUCCACGAUGCUUGCAGUGCUGUGCGGGAAGGUAGGCAAGAGUGCUGUGCCGGAGGCGGAGCGGCCGCGACCAUCAUACCCUUUCCCGGAGCUGAUCUCGUCCGGGAGGUUGAAGGUGCACACGCUUAUCAAUCCCACGGUAGAUGAAUUUCUGGAGGCGCAACGGGCUUUGCAGCCCAGGUUGAUGUACCUCCAGGGUCAGCAGCUUGAGAACGAGGAAGAAAUUGGGACACUUGUCUGGGGUGAUGCUGAUGUAUCUGAUCCACAGAUGUUUAGCUCACUCAUUCGCCUGCCAUUUCCUGCCAUAGUUUAUUUGGAAGUUCCUACUGGGGAAAACCUUGCUCAAUCUCUUCAGUCAAAGGGGAUUUCAUAUGUUAUAUAUUGGAGAAAUUCAUUUUCAUCCUAUGCAGCAUCUCAUUUUCGCCAUGCCUUGAUGUCAGUUGUUCAGAGCUCCUGCAGCCAUGCAUGGGAUGCAUUUCAGCUUGCACAUGCUUCUUUUCGACUGUAUUGUGCAAGGAACAAUGAUGUGGAAGGUAUUGCGCGUGGGCCUUAUCUACUUGGGGAUGCUCCAAACAUUAAUACCUUCCCUCUAGAGAGUGAAAUGGCAGAGGAAGAAGGUAGCUCUGAACAUUUUCCAGACAUAAAGAUAUAUGAUGAAGAUGUGAACAUGAAGCUUCUUAUUUGUGGACCACCAUCCACCCUGGAUGCAUGUUUAUUGGGCUCAUUAGAGGAUGGUUUGAGUGCUCUUCUUAAUAUUGAAGUUCGAUGGUGCAUACUCCAGGACAGAGUCAGUGCUACUCCACCUCUCCAUGUUGGAACUCUUCCACGCAGGGUGGUUACAAUGCGUUGUGAUAUCACAACGUCCAGUUCAUCACACAUUUCACUGCUUGUUUCUGGUAAUGUGCGAACUUUAUUCGAUGAUCAGCUUCUGGAAAACCGCAUUAAAAAAGAAAUUAUUGAGAAGCGCCAGUUAGUUCGUGCUAUCUUGGUUAGCGCGGAUGGCAAGACUUCUUCAGCUGAGCCUUUGACUUCGAUGUCUGUGGCUUGUGGUGCUUCUACUUUUGAGGUCUGGAUGACCCUACCUAAGUGGGCAGCUCAGGUUUUGAAAUAUCUUGCUCAAGAGAUCUCUUACAAAAGCCUGGUUGCACUGGGAAUUGCUUGCAUAAAUGGUACUCCAGUUUGUUCGUUUGAUAGACAAGAUGUGGAUCGGAUUUUGUUUGGCGCAAACCAACAUAAUGAUGAACCUGCUGUACACGGUCUGUAUUCCCAUCCGCCAAGAUGGUCGGCAACCCUUGCUAAGGACAGGCUUAAGGGAAGUCAAGGGCCAAAACCAGCGAGGUGAAGCAGAUACAAGGGCAGCAGCAAAGCAAUGCGGAGAUGUGCAAAGGGGGCGCCGAUGCUAGAGUUGGGGAUGGAAGCAGGAUGUGCAGCUCACUUGCACAUCUGCAAUAUGUUGUAGCAAGGGCAAGGUUCAAUGUUUAGCACAAUGGACUGCAUGAAAUUUGGACGCGAGAUUCAAAGUAAUCGAAUACACAGUGUAGUAAUAUGUUGAGAGAAUCCAGCUGUUUUUUUACCGAACACGCAGGUCUGCGUGUUAUUUCAUUAAGAAGGGGGAAUGAAAGGAAGUGGGAGUU